AUGACCAUGGGCCUGCGCACCGUGGGCGCUUGGCGGCCGCCACGGCCAUGGCCGGUGCCGCUGCUGCUGCUGCUGCCGCUGCUGCUGCCGCUGCUGCUGCUGGCCGCCGGCUGCUGGGGCCCAGCGGCCCGGGCAUCGCCCACGUCGGCCCUGGAGGAUGGCGCCGGGCCGGGCCUCGACCUGGCCGGCCUGUCCCGGCACCUGGGGAGUCUCCCCUGGCAGGGCGCCCCGGCGCCGGUCCGGCCGCUCGCCAGCAAUCCCCCGCUGCCGUACAGCCAGACCCCGAGCCCCCUGUUCGAGCAUUACAAUCCCAACGCGGUGGUGGGCUUCUUCACCAGUGGGCUGGGCUUCCAUCGUAGCCAGCUGGCCCUGCCGGGGCCCGAGGGCCUGGUGAUCGUCCACGGGCAGGCGGAUUUGCUGUUCAGCCUGAAUGGCGACUCCCGCUCCGGGUCGCUGCUGCGCGGUGCCCCGCUGGCGAUGCUGGGGGCCCACCUUUCCCCGGCAUUGUCCGGGUCUUGGAAAAUGCUGGUGGCCGAAGGCCAGCAGGGGGCCGAGCUGAUCGCCCUGUCACCCGGCCAGGUGGGCCACUUUCGCAACAACCAGUGGCAUCUGGCCAGCUUCUCGACGGCCGUCACAUACCUCGCGCACGGGGUUCCCCACCAGGGCGCCGUCCAUCUGCUGAUGCACCAGCCGCUGACCCAGGGCCUGGAGCUUCGCUACCUCUCGACCACCAGCACCGUCAAGCACUUUGCGUUUGCCACCCCGGCCGGGGCCACGCCUCGGGCCAUCCUCGACCGGUCGGGCUACUUCCUGGUCUGGCACCAAGCGACGCUGGCCAUUUUCCAUGUGGAUUCCCCCCCCGGCGCCGGGCCCACCUGGUCGACCACCCUCGCGGAGCCCCUCGGCGACCUGGUGUCCCUGCCGGUGUCGGGGAAUUCCAACAACGGCCUGGUGUCCAUCUUUGACAGUGGCGCCAUCUAUGUGUGUCCGGACUUUGUGAGCGGCGGGUGCAAUGACACCUGGCAGGUGGACCUGUCCGGGGCCGGGCUCCCGCCAGGCGCCCGGCUGCGCGCCCACGGGUCGCCUCACAUCAGUCUCGAGCCCACGACCCCGGUAAGGUGGAUGCUCCUGCGCGACGAGGUGUCCGGGCGCCUGUUCAGCCUCUCCCUGGUCAGGGGCGACGCGCUGCCGCUCACCGAGCUGGUCAUGCCGGCCGGGGCCCCGGCCUCGGCCUCGCUGCGGCCCUUCCUCACGGCCACCGGGUCGACCUCAGCCACAUGGGGCCUGACCGAUGGCUGGGAGCUGCUCCUGCCGAAUCACUUCUUCUGCUCCGGCGACCCCACCAUCCUGUGUGCCAUGCAAAGCCACUCGUCCCUGCCGAGGGGCUUCUCCUGCGCCGCGUCUCGCGGCCUGUCGCUCUUGAACUUCCCCGGCGCGCUGUGCGGCGGCUGUGCCGACGGCAUGGCCAUGGGGGCCGAUCCCAGCGCCGCGGCCCCCUGCACAACCUGCCCCAUGGAGAAGUGCAGCGUGUGCGCCGGCUCCUCCUGCCUCGUGUGCUCGGACACACACUUCUUGCUGGUCGACCCGCAAACCGGCGUCGGCUCGUGCGUGGCCGCCUGCCCGCCGGGCACCGAGCCACAGCCGGGGGCUUCCCGGUGCAUGCGCCCGGAAAAUGCCCCCCUGCCGGCUCUGCCGACGGUCGCGCACCAGCUCAGCCCGCUGGUGCUGGACCCGUCGGACCCGGGCCCGCCGGCCAUCCUGUCGAUCCUGCCCUCGCGCCUGCAUGUGUCCAACGGCGUGUGCCUAUUCCACCCGACCGGCGUGACCGCCGAGCAGCUGCUCGGCAAUGCGGUCCUCUUCCGGUCGGGCGGCGCUGCGCCCCUGUGGCUUCGGCCGGACCCCAGCAGCCCGGGAUCCCUGCUGUCGAGCCAGAUGCCCUGCUCGAUUGUCCCGGUGUCCGGGGUGGAGCUCACAUCGGCGGUGGAGGUGCCCCCGGUCGUGGACGCCCACGGUACGGCCACGAUCCAUGUGCUGGCCUGUGACCGAGAUGGCACCAUCUACCUGUCCUCCUUCACUUGUCCCAACUCGGGUGCGGCGCAGGGCUGUCUCCUGGUGCUGGCCGCCGUGCCGAAGGUGCUGUCCGGGCUCGGUUGCGUCGAGGUGGCUCUGCUGGGCGACAGCCUGGCCGCCUUGCGCUUGGCCAGCGGCGAUGUCUCGCUGUUCCAAUUCGCCCCCUCGGUCGAUGACACAUUGGAGGCCGUCCUGCCCGGGGUCUCCUGGCUACCGGUGCUCUUUCCCGGGGUCCGGGGCUGGACCGGGCCCAGCUCGCCCGCCGGGUGGGUGUUCCAGCCGCCAAGCCAGCCACUCGGCCUGCCAACCGGCGUCCUGUACCCGCUGGAUCUCCUGAUGGGCAAGGACCCGCGCGCCCAGGCCACCAAGCGCUGGGGGGCCCUGCGCGCGCGGCAAUCGCCCCACAGCCCGGGCCUCGCAGAUCUGGAGCCGGUCCUGCUGGCGGGCGUUCGCCCGGCCGGGGCCACCCCGGCCUCCCCUCCGACCGGGGAGUUUUUCCUCUCCGGAAUGCACUACGACGCCACUCUGCAGUGGGUUUGGACGGUGGCGCACCCGCCCUUCGGGGCUCACUACACCGGCCGCACAUCGGCCAUCCCGUACAAUGUGGAAAUCCUCGGGCGGAUCUCCGGGCCGAGCCCGCUCUUCGACGGGCUCCCCUACCGGACCCUGCCCGUGGUGCUGUCCUGGUCGGAGGAGCUCCCCGGGGCGCUGGUUCUCCUGACCCCCAGGGUCCUGGGCGUGGCGCUGGUCCAGUGUGAUGGGUCUUCCGGGUGGGUGUGCCGGCUGCUGCCGGCCCAGUUUUUCGCCCUGCCCUCGGAAAUCCCGGGCAAUUUGUCGCACGUCGCCCUGCUGCCAGUGGCGCAUGCUCCGGCCCCGGCCGGGCUGGCCGCCACCGGCCACCAGCCGGCAAGCGCGCGCGGCUCCGCCAGCCACGUCCCCACGUCCACGGUGCUGCUCAUGGCCAAGGGCCUGGACGCGCCUCUGGUGCUGACCCUGAGCGAGCACCGGUGCCCGGUGGGCACCUUCGGCCCGGCAUGCGCCGACUGCAGCCCCGGGUGCGCCAGCUGCACGGGCCCGGCCCCGGCCGAGUGCCUCGCCUGCCGGCACUGGCUCCCCGGCUGGGAGUCCGAGUGUCUGCCAGCCUGCGAUGGGCUGGCCGUGCCGAUCCCCGGCCGAGCGGACUGCGCUUGUAGCGACGUGUGCGCCCGGUGCGAGGUUGUCUCGGUGGCCGGCACCAAUGUGGCCUCCUGCGCCGAGUGUAACCCCGGCUGGGCGCCGCCCCCCCCGGCGGGGUCCCCCUCGGCGGUGCCCUGCCAGCAGUGUGCUCCCUCCUGCGGGGAAUGCUCGCUGCCGGGCGAUGCCGGCCGCUGCACCGCCUGCCUGGAAGAUACGUACCUGCACCUGGGCCAGUGCCUGGCCGCCUGCCCGGUGGGCUUUGUCCCGGACCCGGCCCGGCAGGAGUGUCGCCCCUGCCCGAGCGGCUGCCUGGAGUGCUCUGCCGAGGGGACCUGCUCGCGCUGUGCCCCGUCGCUCUUCUGGGACAGCCCCAGCCUGCGGUGCAGCCCGUGCCAUGGGUCGUGCGCCGAAUGUCGCAGCCAUGCCUCCUGCACCGCCUGCCGGCCGGGGCUGGUGUUCCUGGCGACCGAGCCGGGCCUGGAGUCCCUGUGCGGGAGUGUCUGCGGCCCGGGCGAGUAUGUCGGGGCUGGCCGGUGCGCCGUGUGCGAUGCCUCCUGCGCCCUGUGCGCCGGCAGCGCCGCCGCCUGCCAGGUGUGCGCGGCUGGCUUCCGCUGGACGGCGAGCCCGCCGGCGGCCGGCGGCACCGGGUCCUGCACGGCCUGCGCGGCCGGGUGCUCCUCCUGCACGGCGGCCCGCUGCCUGGCCUGCGAGGAUGGCCUGCUCCUCGAUCGCCAGGGCGCAUGCGUGUCGGCCUGCCCGGCCGGCACAUACGCCACCGACGAGUCGUGCCAGCCGUGCGACGUCAGCUGCGCCGCGUGCGCCGGCGGCCGGGCCGACCAGUGCACCGGCUGCGGGGCCGGGCUGGAGCUCGUCGAGGUGGGCCCGGCCGUGGGCACCUGCGAGUCCAACUGCCUCGAGGGCCAGUACCGGGACACGAGCUCCAACGCGUGCACGGACUGCCACGCCGCGUGCGCCACCUGCAACGGCCCGUCCGACAAGGACUGCUGGCGGUGCCGGGAUGCCGUGCUGCAGGAUGCCGACUGCGUGCAGGUGUGCGCGGCCAGGCACGUGGCCCUGGCCGGGCGGUGCCUGCCCUGCCAUGCGUCGUGCGAGCAGUGCGCCGGGGUCCGGAGCACCGACUGCACCGCCUGCCCGGGGGAGCUGCGGGCCCUGCCGGCCGGGGCGUCGCCCAUGCGCUGCGUGGCCGGCUGCCCGGUGGGCUACCACACCGGCGGGGCCGGGUGCGCCAAGUGCGGCGACCGGUGCACCAGCUGCCCCGCGGCGGCCGACACAUGCGCCCUGUGCGACCGGGGCUUUCUGCUGGGCGCCGGCGCCUGCGGGACCAGCUGCCCGGCCGGGUCCUCGCCGCAGGGGGGGCUGUGCACCACCUGCCACAGCACCUGUGCCACCUGCUACGGCCCGGAGCCCGGCCACUGCCUCAGCUGCUCGGCCGACACGCCGCUCCUGACGGGCGGGGCCUGCUCUGCAACCUGCCCGGAUGGGACCUUCCAGGAUGGGCAAAGCUGCCUGCCCUGCCAUGCCACCUGUGCCGCGUGCUCCGGCCCCGGGGAAACCGAGUGCACGGUGUGCCCGGCCGACCGUGCUCUGCUGGCUGGCACGUGCCUUUCCGCCUGCCCGGCCGGCUAUCACCGGGCCCCGGCCGGCGGCGGAGCCCCCAGCGACCGAUGCCUCGCUUGCGAUUCGUCCUGCCGCGAGUGCAGCGGCACCGGCAGCUCCGAGUGCACCUCGUGCCAUGGCAUCGACCUGCUUCUCGAGGGCCGGUGUGUGGACGAGUGUCCCGCGGGGACCUUCGGCUGCAGUGCCUCCGGCCGGUGCGACCCCUGCGACGCCCGGUGCGCCGAGUGCACGCUGGCCGCCAACCUCGGGGACCGCUGCACCGCCGACUGCCACACCUGCAGGGCGGGCUUCGUCCUGUCGCCCUCGACGCACACCUGCGACGUGGCCUGCCCGGCGGGCGAGUUCACGCCGGACUCGGUCCUGUGCGCCGCCUGCGACGCCGACUGCCGGUCGUGCCACGGGCAGGCCAAUGCCUGCACCUCCUGCGCGGACGCCUCGCGGUGGCUGCUGCUCGAUGGGGCCGCCUGCGUGAGCAGCUGCCCGGGGGAGAAGUUCGCCGCGGCGGAGUUCCCCUCGGCGCCCUUCCCCGCGCCGGCCCGGGUGUGCCUGUCCUGCGCGCCGGGGUGCCUGCGGUGCGAGGCCGGCCCCGGGCUGGCGGCCUGCUCCCUGGCCGCGGACGGGCUGCUGGCCUGCCCGGAGGCGGACGUCUGCACGGCGUGCAACUCGCCGCUGCUGCUGCACGGGGGCCGGUGCGUGGGCGAGUGCCCGGAGGGCACGUUCGCCGACCCGGACGCCCCGACGCCGGCCUGCCUCGCCUGCCACGCGAAGUGCAAGGCGUGCACCGGGCCCGAAAGGGCCGACUGCAUCGGCGGCACAUCCUCCUCGCGGGGCCUCGCCCUCGGCUUGGGCAUCGGCCUGAGUCUGCUGCUGCUGCUGAUCCUCCUGCUGGCUGUUCUCUUCUUGUAUUUGCGCUUCCGCCGCCAGCGCCGCGCCCCGGCCAAGCAUCUCGAUGACGAGGAUGCCACCGUGCUCAACACAAUCAUCGAAAUUUCCCUCCCCGGCAGCAUCCUGGUCAGCGUGGCCAAUGACUUUGCCGCCCUCAAUGAGGAUGCCCUGGGCGCCGGGACCCAGGCGUCGGUCUUUGCGGCGCGCGCCGUCGGGGCCGGCAUCUCCGACCGGCUGGGCUGCCCGGGCACCGUGGCCAUCAAGCAGCUGAAGACCGCGCGCAUGACGCCCACGCAAUUUUCCCUCUUCCAGAACGAGGUGGCCCUGAUGUGGCUGCUGCGCGACGCGCCGAACGUCGUCCGGCUGUACGGGUACAGCGAGCAGCCGCCGGCCAUCAUCAUGGAGCGCUACCAGACGGAUCUCGGCACGCUGCUGCACUCGGAGGUGCCGCUCGAGCAAGCGGCCCUGCUGGACAUCUGCCAGCAGUGGGCCUCCGGGCUGGAGGCCAUGCACGCGCAGGGCAUCGCCCACUGCGACCUGAAGCCGGGCAACGUCUUUGUCAGCCAGCGCCCGGAUGGCAGCUGGCGCGCGGCCCUCGGGGACCUGGGCACCUCGCGCAACCUCAGCUCCGACCGGUCGUCGGCCCUGGUGGCCCAGCCGCCGGAGCUGAAUGCCCUGACCGGGCGCUACGCCGCGCCCGAGGUCCUGGCCGCCUUCCAGCGGAAGCGCCCGCUUGAUCGCGAGCUCUUCCUCCCGGCGGACAUCUACAGCGCGGCCGUCAUGCUGUGGGAGUGCCUGGCCCGGGCUCUCCCCUGGGAGGGGGCCUCCUUCGAUGAGAUCGCCGCGCAUGUGCUGGCCGGCGACCGGCCGGACCUGGCGCGCGCCCCCGCCGCCGGGCCCCUUGCCGACCUGCUCCACAUGGCGUGGGACUCCAACGCCCCGGGCCGGCCGCUGGCCGCCUCCUUCCGGCAAAAGUGCGCCAUGCAGGCGGCCCUCUGUGUCUGA